GGAACAGACCAAAUUGGCAUUCCGAUUCCCCAUUUCCCCAAAUCGCUUCGUCCGAUUGCGCGAAAUCGGAAACCCUUCUCCUCGGAAUCGAUCGAUUUGGUUUGGCAGAUUAUACAUUUUUGGGUGUUUUGAUCGGAAAUGGUUUCCCCGGAGAACACAAACUGGCUGUACGAUUACGGAUUCGAGGAUAUAUCUGCUGCCGAUGGUAAUUUCGCGGCGGAAAAUUCGGGGUUUUCGUGGCCCAUGCAAGCGUUGAAUGGCUCAUCCAACGCCAGUGUGGAAAUUGACGGAUCAUUGGGAGAGUCGAAUUCACAGAAGGAGAGUGGAUCGAAAAAGCGAGCUAGAACUGAAUCAUGUGUUCCUUCAAGCUCCAAAGCAUGCAGGGAGAAACAACGAAGGGAUAGGCUAAAUGACAGGUUUAUGGAAUUGAGUGCUCUGCUCGAGCCGGGAAGACCCCCCAAAACAGAUAAAGCAGCAAUCUUGGUUGAUGCUGUCCGAAUAGUAACUCAGCUUAGAACCGAAUCUCAGAAGCUGAAAGACUCAAAUUCGAAUCUUCACGACAAAAUUAAGGAGUUGAAAGCCGAGAAGAAUGAACUUCGUGACGAGAAGCAAAGGCUAAAGGCAGAGAAGGAAAAGCUCGAGCAGCAGCUGAAGACAAUGAACACUCCGGCGGCACAGCCCGGUUUCCUCCCACCUCAGCCAAUUCCGGCUGCAUUCGCGGCCCAAAGCCCGGCCUCCGGCAACAAAUUGGUGCCCAUCAUCAGUUACCCCGGGGUCGCCAUGUGGCAGUUCAUGUCUCCGGCAGCAGUCGACACAUCUCAGGACCAUGUCCUCCGCCCUCCGGUCGCCUAAUCCGGCCGGAAAUAUUAUUAUAGGUUGUUGUUCAUAACCUUCCAUCUCCAUUGUCUAUUUCCCAUCUCUACAUUGCCCCAUUGCUGCUUUUUAACUGUACUAAAGCUUUUGCUCAACCAUCAUCCAACUUUGGAUCAGUUGACUUUGA